AGAGUUCAUAAGUGGCAUGUGUUUUGGGAACAAAAAAAGUGGCACCCUUUAUUCAUUUAACCACUUCCACAGUUUAACAAUGGAGGAAGAAGAAGACAACCUCGAAAAGCUUCUGAAAUGGGCAGCCGAGUUGGGGAUAUCAGACUCGAAAAACGGCGGGCAUUCAUGCUUGGGCCACUCUCUCGUCGUCUCCUACUUCCACGGCGCCGGCGGGAGAGGUUUGGGCGCUGCUCGUCACCUUGAGAAAGGCGAGUUGGUUCUCUCAGUCCCCAAAUCGGCUCUCAUUACAACUCAAGCUCUGUUACUGAGAGAUGAUCGUCUCUCUCUCGCUGUCAGUGCUCAUAGCUCUCUCUCUCCUACCCAGAGAUUGAGUGUUUGUUUGCUCUAUGAAAUGGGUAAGGGGAAGGCUUCAUGGUGGCACCCUUACCUGAUUAAUUUGCCACGGAGCUACGACAUUGUAGCAACAUUUGGUGAAUUUGAGAAGCAAGCUCUGCAGGUGGAUGAUGCUAUCUGGGCUGCUGAGAAGGCCAUUGCCAAGGCUGAGUUUGAGUGGAAAGAAACCAAUGCGCUUAUGGAACAACUUAAGCUCAAGCCACAACUUCGAACAUUUAGGGCAUGGCUUUGGGCUUCUGCAACUGUAUCCUCGCGGACGAUGCAUAUACCAUGGGAUAGAGCUGGAUGUUUAUGUCCUGUUGGAGACUUAUUUAAUUAUUCCGCACCCUCAGAAGAAUCAGAUUUUGAAAAUAUAGAGCAUAGAACACAUGACUUGGCUUUAGAGGAUAUCUCUACAGUGAAAGAGGAAGCUUCGUGUAUGCUUGAUAUGGAGCAGCUUGAUUCUAAUUCGGGAAGAUUAACUGAUGGAAGGUUUGAGGACAAUCUUGGGGCGUAUAGCUUCUAUGCGAAAAAAAGUUACAGAAAAGGAGAGCAGGUACUUUUGAGCUAUGGAACAUACACAAAUUUGGAGCUUCUUGAGCACUAUGGCUUUCUUUUAAUUGAAAAUCCAAAUGACAAAGUUUUUGUUCCCUUAGAACCAGAAAUAUAUUCCUCUUGUUCAUGGCCUAAGGAAUCCCUGUAUAUCCAUCAAAGUGGAAAACCGUCUUUCACUCUCCUCUCGGCUCUGCGAUUAUGGGCAACCCCAGUAAGCCAGCGAAGAUCUGUUGGACACCUUGCUUAUUCAGGGCACCAACUCUCAAUUGAAAAUGAGAUGUUUAUUAUGAGAUGGAUAUCAAAGAAGUGUGACAAUACUAUGAAGAAUCUGCCUACAACUUUAAAAGAAGAUGUUUUUCUAUUAGCUGUCAUUGACAAAAUCCAAAAUGUUGAUGCUCCUUUUGAGUUUGGGAAUCUUUCCUCUGUAUCAGUAAAUGAGAUUUGUACUUUCAGGGCUACACUUUUGAAGAAGGGAGAUUCUGAAGCACUGUCAAGGAAAACUAUGCAGCGGUUGAGGGAGAGAUGGAGAUUAGCUAUUGAGUGGAGACUCAGUCAUAAGAAAAUUCUGGUUGAUUGUAUGUCUUUCUGUGAUGAAAUGAUACAUGUUCUAUCUUCUCAAAUAGUCCAUUCCCAAAGAUGAAAAGAUGUGAUAUCAUGUUACUAGUGAAAACAGCGUAUGGACUUGCUCUUUCACUCCAGCCAUCUCAUGUUUCUGUUAUGGAAGCUAUUAUGGAGAAUGAUUAAAGGGGUAUAUCACUGAAAUAGGUGUGGCAUGCUUAUAUUCCAGCUUCGCUCAUGUGAUUGGAAAAGCACCUGAUCAGUUCUUCCUAACUUGGCAGAAGAUCCAGAGACUACUCUCCCUCCUUUGCUGCAUUUAUUUAUUCAUUCGAAAGAUCAUCACGGCACAUGCAGAGCUUGCUCAUAAGUGUUCCUUGAAUUCAGUCACCUUCUGUUCAUUUAUGUCUUGGUUGUUAUAUUGUUUCUAAGCAUUGUCAAAGGCAAGGUUCCAGUGUUCCAUAAUUUGGCGAUUCUCAUGUGGAGUAUGGCCUGAAAGAUAUGCUCAAAUUUGGGAGCAUAAAAAACUACCACAUGUGCUCUUUCUCAUAUGUGGAGUAUGGUUAUCAGUUUCCUCAGGUGAAACCUGAAGCCACAUAUCUUUGUCAAGGCUCAUUUUGUUCGGAGUCUCCAACAGUCGGAACUAGGGAAGCUGUUCAAUUGGUGCAUGGAAACGGGUUGUCUCCAGUAUGUUAUAAAACUGAUUCUCCUGACUUCAGCUACAGCUUCUAGCUCAAAGAUUUGCCAACUACCAGGUGCAUCUAUCAGUUAUGGGUUCACACAGACCAUCAAAUUAUGGCUCUUGUUGAAUGAUAUACAGAUUUCAUGAACUCUGCUCUUAUCUUUUCUUUUCAAUACACACAAAAGUUCAAGA